CGUUCCUCUGUCCAGUGAGGUCGCCUCCAUCUUCCCUCUCUCGACACCCCUUUCCUCCCCUACUCCCACAGCAUACAUUCGCCAUUAAAUAACUCACAGGUAAAGUCUUACUUUGCUUGACCUGAUGCUUCUGUUCAGAGUGGGUGCCUGGACGAAAGUCCAUUGUAUCAAGGCUCCUUUGGUAUUCUCAUACUUUCAAGGUGGUCACUGGACUUUACCCCAUGGACCAUGCGACAAAAAAAAGGGUUGCUUCUUCACGCUUUUGUAGGCUGACAUUGUCCUUCAUCGCCAUUCUUCUCAUUCCUCACAUUCCAUUGUUCAUCAGUUACUCCAAGAGCCACACCAUAAUUCCCCCCAUUCCUCCUCCUCUUCCUUAUAAAGCACAACUAACAGACCAUCGCUCGCACCUUAUUUCACACCGCAGGACAGGCUACAUAGAAAAUGUUUAUGACGCCGAUUACGCUCCCUACAUGUCAACCCCGACAGCAGGCAGACAACACCACGCCGAUAAUGGAGAGCGAGGAUUCUACCGCGCAAACGCUGACUAAGAAAAGAUCCACGGUCCACAUUACCGAAGAUUCGGCUUCUUCAAAGCGGAUCUCAUUGCUGCCUACCAAUUCGCACAGUCGCUCCCUUUCAGAAUCCUGGGCAUUCCUGUCGAAGGAGGAAUCGUCUACGACACCGAAAGUGUCAUCAAAUGACGAUGACGACGAGGUGCAUUCUUCAGACACCUCUGUCUCUUCAACGUUUUUCCGUUCGGGAUCUCACGGUUCCUCUGCAGCAACCACGCCGUCCUCUCCUUCCCCCAUACCGCCCCUGCAUUCUCCGGAAGAUGCAACCGUAAAGACCACAGCCGGACGGACCUUGGAGCAGAAAGACCUUCCAGAUCAGGAAUUUAUGAAUUCUUUGAUGGCAUUUCUCAAGGGACAGAACAAUGAGGACGGAUUCUCACACGCGUCAUCUUCAGGGCCAUUAUCCGAGGUACCGGAAGCAGCAAGGAUGGACGAUAAUCAAGACAAUCAAGAACUUCGCGAACUUGUGGUCGCCGUUCGCGACUUUGCCUACACAAAAUCACACCCAUAUCAUUUUGGGAACUACCCUCCAGAACCCGAAUAUGAAGAGUCCGAAGUCCAUGACGGCGACGAUGAAGAAGCGGAGGACGAGUAUGAAGAUCAGGAUGAGGCAGAAGAAAGGUCGGAUGGGGAUCGGACACAAGGACAUGCACGUGGGCUGUAUGAUUUUGAUGCGGAAAAUUCGAGCGAGCUCAGUUUCAAGGAGGGAGAUUACCUUUGGAUUCAUUGUAGGCAGUUUCCGGGAUGGUUCUUGGGAGAGAUUGAGGGGGUCCAGGGUCUGGUGCCUGAGAAUUAUGUGCAGUUGACUUGAGACGAAGAAGGAUGUGGUGGGAGCUCAGAUCACCGGGGCGAGCUGCUUGCUAUGGUUGCUGGUUGGCCUGGGAAGUAAUUGUAAUAAACACCAUGCCAGCAUUGUACAUAUCUCAUACCCAAAUGUCUUUGCUUCUGUGCACCAAAGUCGAUGUCGUUGUUGUCGCUGCCGCUAUUCCCAUCGCCGUC